AUGAACAACUACCCUUCACCGAGAACACCUGGAUCGACUCCUAUGAGUCCGAUCCGCGAGUGGGAAUAUUCACGAAUGUCGUCCGCCACUCCCACCCCUUCGCCACGGCCCAACUGGCUCGAUGCGCAAAACACCCCUCGACGACCAGCCACUCGUGCUGCUCAUGGACACGGACGAGUCAACAGCUACUCGCAAGACUCGGCAUUCAGCCCUCGUCCACCGCGCGAUUCUCCGCGAUACAACAGCUCGGGCCACUAUGCCACGGUUGAUGUGAGUUACAAUGAUUUCUCGUCUCGACGGCCCUCAGUGUCGCACGAUCGUUCCAAGUCAAAAACAUCGACUCCCAAGUCGUCCAAGAAGCACAGUCGCCGACACUCGUUUACCUAUGUCCGGUCUUCAACUCCCUAUGGAGAAUCCGACGAGGACGAGAUCUUCGAGGCCUUGGGUUGCACCUUUACGUUGCCUGCCCAGUCACGGUCAUACUGUCGCUAUUCCUCGUAUUAUCCUGACAACGAGGGGGUAUGGUACACUAAUCGUGGCCACUAUUCGCAGGAAGUCCCUCUUUACAACGACUACAGGCGAGACCCGGCCUUCGACAUGCCCCGUCCGACCCCUCCCCAGACGCGACCGCCCACCAGCCAUUCCCACUCCCGACGAGCAUCGGCCUCGAUCCCUCAACGAUCAUCCACCGUCCGCCCACCCGCGAACGCCUCCCCCCGUGUUAUGAAGCCUCCGGCUCCUCCCGUUGCCACAGAGGCGCAUGCGGCCGAGCACAGGAUCCCUCCAGGUUUCUCGUUGAAGAACUGGGAUCCUCGUGAACAGCCCAUCCUCUUGCUUGGCAGUGUGUUUGACGCCAACAGUCUGGGCAAGUGGAUCUAUGACUGGACCGUCUACAAGGCAGGAUCUCGGGCGCCUCUCGCAGAGAUGGCUGGUGAGCUCUGGUUACUCCUUCUCGAUCUUUCAGAGAAGACCAACCGCGCCGAGGGGAUUGUCGGCUCGAUCCGCAGCAAGGAGAAGAAGCAGAUCGUCGAGGAAUUCCUUGACAGCAGCGAGCGUCUCAUGAGCAUGCUCCAGCUUCUACUUAAGAACUGCGAGGCGCCUAUGCUCAAGGCCAGCAGCAAGAAGAAGCAGUCGCUUGGACAGAAGUCCGGAAUCGAGUUUGUUGACACACUCUUUGGCCGUGACCGCGAACUUGACCGAACGGAGAAGUUCAUGCAGAAGGUGCGCAAGUGGGCUCUCCGCUUCGAUGUCAAUGUUAGUCCCAUUCUGGAUCACCCUACCCAGUAA